ACGAGGGAGUCGAAACCUCCGACAGGAAGCAGCAGGUCCUGGUCUCUGCAGCCGACAUGUCUGCAGUCAGAGCUGCAGCCGUCCUGCUGCCGCUGAGCGUCUGCUUCCUCGCCGCCCUCAUCGUCCCGCCCUGCACAGGUCAAGGAAGCGACUGCAGCUGCAACGUCACCAACAGCCACUGUGACGAGUCCGGAGUCUGCAGGUGUGACCCCGGUUGGGACGGAGAGCGUUGCGACCGCUGCGUGCCGAUGCCCGGCUGCGUCCACGGCUCCUGUCAGCAGCCGUGGCAGUGCAGCUGCGAGCCGGGCUGGGGGGGUCGCUUCUGUGACAAAGACCUGUUCGUUUGCUCGGAGCAGCAGCCGUGUCAGAACGGAGCGACCUGUGUGAUGGAGGACAGCGGUGAAUACACCUGUCUGUGUCCGGAGGGUUUCCAUGGCAGAGACUGUCAGCUGAAGACCGGACCCUGUCACCAGAGGAGGUCUCCGUGUAAAAAUGGCGGUCUGUGUGAAGAUGCUGAUGGUUUUGCAGAGGAGCUGACGUGUCGCUGUCUGGUGGGCUUCACGGGGCCGCGCUGUGAGACCGAUGUCAACGACUGUUUGAUGAAGCCGUGCGGUAACGGUGCCACCUGCCUGGACGGCGUCAACCGCUUCUCGUGCCUCUGCCCGGCCGGCUUCACCGGACGCUUCUGCACCGUUAAUUUGGACGACUGCGCCAGCCGGCCCUGCCUAAAUGCCGGCCGCUGCCUCGACCGCGCCGGAGGUUUCCACUGCGUCUGCCGGCCCGGCUACACCGGAGCCACCUGCGAGACAUUGCUGAGGAACCAAGACGUCCGCGAACCCGGCUGGACGACGCAUAGUCGUCAUGACAACCUGCUGUUUAAGGUAACAGUGAGCGAGCGCGGUGCCUCCGGCCUGACGGAGAUCCAGCUCAUCGUCCUGCUGGUUCUGGCGGGACUGACGCUGACCGUGGUGGUGCUGACCGUAGCCUUCGUCCUGCAGGGUCACUGCAGGAAGUGUGGCCACGCCCCCUGCUGGCCACUGACAUCAUCAUCAUCGCCGUCAUCAUCGCGGCGAGGACAGAAGAGCAGGCAGCGAGCGCAGCCAGACGAGCAGGACUGUCAGAUCAGCUUCCUAAACGCUGCAGAACCAGAGAAGAAGAAACUCAACACAGAGGUCAUAUAG